CUAGGGGCUUUACUUUAAAUGUUUCCUUUUUAGUGCUAAUUAAUAGAGGCCACAGUUUGCUCCUGAACUUGAGCCAGAUGUUGGGAACAUGACACCAAGGCUGUUGACCCCGAAGAUGGCCCAGAUGGGGGAAGAGACGUACACUGGUUGCCAGCAGCAUUCCAGGGGGAGGCAAAUCGGAAAAGAAAAGGCUGAUAAAGGGAGGGGAACCGCGGCACAGAGAUUAUUGAAGAUGAAGGUCACACAAUGAACGUGCUGGCCCUGUGAUGAGCACACAGGUGGUCCUGGCCCCACACCUGUUCUCAGACCAUGAGCAGGUGCAAUUUCCUCAGCUUCAGAGUCCUGUCUGGGAAAUGGCUGCUCCAGCUACGGUCUGUGUGCUCCUUAUGCUCAUGGCACCUCUGUGCACCACGCGAUCGACACGCAUCAAGACAUCUGUCCUGGAUGAUAAUAGUGGGAGUGGAGACAAUCCGGGUGCCUCCAUCCUCCCCUCUGCGAGCGUGAAUUUGGGGGUGAAUCCUACAUCCGGGACUAUUGCUGUGAACUCUGUCAAUGGCACCUCGACUUCAAUCAACAUCUUCAAUAGGAUUGUGAACUUCUUUAAAGAGUACAUGCUGCUAAUCAUUGUGGUAGGGUCCUUAGUUUUUGUGCUGCUCUUCAUUGUAUGUGCAGCUGCCAUCGCCCGGCAGAAACACAAGGCCUCUGCCUAUUACCCAUCUUCAUUUCCUAAGAAGAAGUAUGUGGACCAGAAUGACCGGUCGGGGGGUGCCAAAGCUUUCAGUGAAGUUCCUGAAAAGGCUCCCGAGACGCACCCGGAGGAGCCCAUGGACUCAUCCAAACAGCUGCAAGCUGAUAUAUUGGCUGCUGCCCAGAACUUGAAAUCCCCUGCCAAGGUCUCCAUGGCAAAUGGAGAUGGGACCAAAAUAGAGGAUAAGCCCCCGAAAGAACAGGAGGAAGGGACCAAAGUGGAGGACCACAAACAAACAGCUGAGUGUGUUUCUAAAGAAGAGGUGGCUCCCCAGGAGAAAGCUGAACCAGCAAAAGAGACGCCAGCUCCAAGUUGCACAGCAGAAACGGAGGCCAAAGAAGAAGAACCUCCCUCCACUGAGGAAGUUCAGCACGUGCAGCAGGCCAAUGAGUCAUUACCGGAAGAGCUCAAAGAAUGCCCUGGGGCUGCCGAUCCCGUCAUGCAAACCCCUGAAGGUGAGAAGCAAGAUGUGUCUGUUCCAGCAGCUCCUGAUACCGGUGCUGCAGGUGUCUAACACAGGAACUCGGGCGCUAGAAAAACGGACCUUCGUUCCUAAACAACACUAAAGCAAUGGACAAUCUCCAUUCAUCAGCUGACCACGUUAAUUGAUUUGGAAAUUGAUUCAACAUGCGAUGGGCUAUUUUUCUAUUAAGUGGGCACAAUAGACACCCCUGUCAUUAUACCAGCCAUGGUGCCCAGCUCUAAUAUCAAAACAUAUUCGCUUUAGGACAGUGUGUUUUACAUUAACAGACCGUUCAGUUACUGUGUAAUUGCUUAGUAGCUCUCACUUACAGUAAGUACAUAUGUAGUGGUUAGAGGUAGGCUUGAUCAGAAUCCAUGACUUAGCUUUCAGGGUGAGUGACAGAUCCGGAAUGAAAUGUUGGGGCUUAAGCCUGUCUCGAAUAGCGGACUUUAAUUAUAUAUGGUAUGACCAGUCAUUUAUAUGGCGCAAAUCCUGUGAUUUCUUACCCAGGUAUCUAGGGGAAAUCAAUGGAAGUUUUGCCUGAAUAAAAACUGUGUGAGCA